AUGGGAUCUCUUAAGGAAUGUCUGUGGUGUUUGGAGGAUUCUGUAUCGUUGUUGGCCGAUUGCAACAGAACAUUAUCGCGAAACAACGAUGACCACCGGUUCAUUACACAGAAACUGCUACAGUGUGACAGGGAACACAUGCUUGCUACUGAGUUUGACAUGGAAAGGGCAACCAAGGAUCUGAAUGAGGAUGUCCAGCCAUUGAUGCGGCUGAAGGACAUGCUUGUGCAGAGGUCUCUGCCCCGUUUAAAAGACGAUUUACACGAGUUGGAGAAAGUUAAGCGGGAAAACGAAGUCACGCUCUUGGAGAUGGAAUCGUCCGCUGUGUAUCAGAAUGAAUCAACGCUCACCUCUGGGGAUGUAAACACUAAUCCGGGAGACGUCGUUGUGGGGCCAAUAUCACAAGAACGACUCCAGCAAUUGAAGAAUUUGAAUCUCGAGAUUGAACAGAAACGACAGCAAUUGGCUGCUCUACAAGAGGCACAGGAAAGCGUGUAA